AUGACCAAUCAAAUCAAUCAAUCUGACCAAUCUGGAUUGAUUGUUGCGGAGUCUGAUUUCUACAAUCUAACGAAAGAAUGGCUAAAAGCGCAGUGCUUGUUUUACGGUCUUAUAUCACCUGAAUCCGCAGAAUCACCAUCGAAGGACGUCAUUUUCGCAAGACUGAAGCAGAAUGAUAGCAGCUAUGGCAACAAUAUCUCUCCAAAUAAAGCUGCUGUAUUGGAGAUAUUCCACAAUCUGGAGGAACAAUGGGCGUUGUCGUUCCCUCAACAUCAAGCUUCGAGGGCUUACUAUGAAAACAAGAUACUGCAUGUUGAGAAUGGCUGUUGGUGUUUUGCUACGCACUAUACAAGAGAUCACGAUUGGAUAGAGACCCCCACGGAAGACAAUUGUUCCUCUGUGACAAAGCGAAAGCUGGAGGUUGAUAAAGACGCCAAAAGUGAAGAAGACAUCAAGGCAUCAUCACCAGAGCCAAAACUACAACUGCCCUUUCGGUCUCGCACACCGUCACGCUCCUUACGCAAGAGACAGAGAAAAAUGUCGCCAUCCCCAGAGCCCGAGAAUUACGAAGAAGUCGUAACAUAUACGUACGCGGAGCAACCUUCCGAACCACUGCCAGACACUGAGGGCGUCGACGAGGACAAAACAUCUCCUUGUGAAGCUGAACUAUUACCAUCCCUAUCAGCACCGCGGGCCGAUUCAUCAGUAGUAAUUACUGGAGAUGUUUUUCUAGACAUGCUGUCAUCUUACUCGCAUUGGCACUCGCUCCUCGAACUGAGAGACUACUUUUACAACGUGACAGCCACAUAUAUGAUAUUCACAGAAGCAUUUCAGGGCCUGGGUGCUGACAGUCUGCGACGUAGCAUCAAGAUCAACUAUCUCAAAGGACAUUCGACAAAGUUUGGCGUGCUUGAAGCCUAUCUUGACUUUGCUGUAGUUGAAGGUCCAGUAAUCCUAGGGCUCGACAAGAACUUCACUGCCGAGUAUCUAUGGGCAACUGCAAGUGAUAGAGAGCUUUAA